AUGACCGACAUUGCUGAGCAGACCAACGGUCAAGAACAACAAGAGCAGCCGUGGAGUACACCCACCAAGCAGCCCUUCCAAAGCGGCGUACGCACCAACGGUAGAGCCUUCAACUCGCCCAAUUGGCGAACCAAGACCGAAGAGAGCCCGCAGCAGACCUCCUCGACUCAGGCCAACAACUCGCCUCGCUCCCCCUUCAACCGGUCAUGGCAGGCUCAGACAGUCUCCCCCGCCAUCAACGAGGGCCGCCGGCUCUACGUGGGCAACAUGCCCUACAUGGCCAAGAAGGAGGACGUAGAGACUGUCUUUGCGGAGGGAGGCUACAAAAUCGAGCGCGUUGACAUCUCGAUCGACCCCUUCACAGGGCGCAACCCGUCCUACUGCUUCGUCGAGCUGGAGAGCAAAGAACAAGCCGACCGCGCCAUGGUGGAGCUGGAUGGAAAGGAUCUGCUGGGCCGGCCGGUCAAAGUCAAGCCUGGCGUGGCCAAAGCCUCGCAAGACCGCUCGUCUCCACGCCCGUCCAACAACAACACCACCGUUGCUCCUCGCUCCACCGAAAAGCCCGGCUCGCCUUCAGUUGCCUUUGAUCGCUGGCAGCGCAACGACGCCUCUUCCCACUUCAAGGGCUACAGUGAAAACGGCCGACGGCUGUACGUGGGUGGCCUCCCGAAGCUGUCCAACCAGCAGACCAUUGACUCUGAGAUUCAAACGCUCUUCAACGGCUACAAUAUCGAGGCUGUCAGCAAACUAAUCUCCCCCCACCCGUCGAAGCGAUUCGAGGCGGGGGACCACUACUACCUCUUUGUCGAUUUCGCGAGCGCAGACGAAGCCACCGCUGCGCAGGCCGCUCUAGACGGUCACGAUGGCCCCUGGGGCGGCAAGAUCAGGGUCGGCAAGGCUCGGGGAGAGUCCUGGAAGCCCGACGAGCGCCGCAAGUGGUCGUCAACUCAGACCGACGAUGCUCCUGAAUCUGCUGCAGCCGAGCCUUCGUCAGAUGACACAAAAAUAUGUGUUAUCAUGGUUGGCUUGCCAGCCCGAGGCAAAAGUCUCAUUGCUGGAAAAGCCCUGCGAUAUUUUGCUUGGGUCGGAAUCACAGCUCGGAUUUUCAAUGUAGGCACUUAUCGCCGUGAAAAGUCGCCUCAUCCGGAAGCUACAUUCUUUGAUCCACAUAACUCAGAAGGAGAGAAGAUGAGACGGGCUGCCGCUGAGGCAGCAGUCUCAGAUAUGCUCAAAUGGUUCAGAGAAGACAAUGGCGUCGUCGGCAUUUUUGACGCUACCAACUCGACGAAAAGCAGGCGAGCAUGGAUCCACAAGACGUGCCAAGAAGCCGGCAUUGAAACCCUCUUCGUGGAAUCGCUAUGCGAUGACGAGGACAUCAUCAUGAGCAACAUCCUAGAGGUGAAGACAACUUCGCCAGAUUACAAAGGACAAGAUCCAGAAGUCGCGGCUCAAGAUUUUCGGAACCGCAUCCGCCACUAUGAAACAGUCUACGAGACUAUAAGCGAGGAUGAAAAGGCAUACACCUACGUGAAGUUGAUCAAUGUUGGCUCCACAGUCAUCAUCAACCAAAUUAAGGAUUACUUGUCAAGUAGACUUGUCUACUAUAUUCAAAAUCUUCAUAUCAAGCCACGCUCUAUCUGGCUGUCGAGGCAUGGAGAGUCAGAGUAUAACUUAACGGGCAAAAUCGGCGGCGAUUCAGACAUAUCAUCCCGAGGAGAAGCUUAUGCGCGAGCGCUUCCGGGGCUUCUCAAACAAUCCGGAGUCCCUCCCGAUACGAAACUUAUUAUUUGGACUUCUACUCUAAAACGCACAAUUCAAACAGCGCGCCAUCUCGCUGCAGAGACGGGAUAUGAAAAACUCGAAUGGAAAGCUCUGGACGAACUUGAGUCUGGUCUUUGUGAUGGGCUGACAUAUGAAGAAAUCGCCGAGAAAUAUCCCGAGGAUUUCGCAGCCCGAGACGAAGACAAGUAUAACUACCGCUAUCGCGGCGGAGAAUCGUAUCGAGACGUCGUAAUCCGACUAGAACCAAUCAUCAUGGAGCUUGAGCGCAGCGAAAACAUCAUCAUUGUCACCCACCAAGCGGUUCUGCGAUGUAUCUAUUCCUACUUUCACAACAUGUCGCAAGAGCAGAGCCCUUGGAUGGAGGUUCCGCUUCACACACUGAUCAAACUGACGCCCCGCGCAUAUGGCACCGAGGAGAAGCGCUUCAAAGCCAACAUCCCCGCGGUGUCUACCUGGAGAGGGAAAGGCACUUCUGCCAAGCAUCAAGAUCCUGGCCAGCCAAGUCAUUGA